AUGAGCAAAGGAGUAGAAAUAUUUUUCAAGGGCCAGAAGGCGUUCUUGAACAUAUUCUCGUUGUGGCCUCAGAAGGAACGCUGGUGGAGAAUCAUUCACCAGGUGAACUAUGUCCACGCAAUUGUGUUUUGGGUGCUGCUCUUUGAUCUCCUCUUGGUGCUCCAUGUGAUGGCUAACUUGAGCUACAUGUCCGAGGUUGUGAAAGCCAUCUUUAUCCUGGCCACCAGUGCAGGGCACACCACCAAGCUGCUGUCCAUUAGGGCAAACAAUGUGGAGAUGGAGGAGCUCUUCAGGACAUUGGAUAACGAAGAGUUUCGUCCUAGAGGCGCCAACGAAGAGUUGAUCUUUGCAGCAGCCUGUGAAGGAAGUAGGAAGCUUCGAGACUUCUAUGGAACGCUCUCGCUUGCCGCCUUGAGCAUGAUUCUCAUACCCCAGUUCGCCUUGGACUGGUCCCACCUUCCUCUCAAAACAUACAAUCCGUUUGGCGAGAAUCCCGGCUCACCUGCUUACUGGCUCCUCUACUGCUAUCAGUGCCUGGCCUUGACCGCGUCCUGCAUCACCAACAUAGGAUUCGACUCUCUCUGCUCCUCACUGUUCAUCUUCAUCAAGUGCCAGCUGGACAUUCUGGCCGUGCGACUGGACAAGAUCGGUCGGUUAAGCACUACUUCUGGCGGUACUGUGGAACAGCAACUUAAGGAAAAUAUCCGCUAUCACAUGUCCAUCGUUGAACUGUCGAAAACCGUGGAGCGUCUACUUUGCAAGCCGAUUUCGGUGCAGAUCUUCUGCUCGGUUUUGGUGCUGACUGCAAAUUUUUAUGCCAUUGCUGUGUUGUCUGACGAGAGGCUGGAGCUGUUUAAGUAUGUGACCUAUCAGGCGUGCAUGCUGAUUCAGAUUUUUAUAUUGUGCUACUAUGCCGGUGAGGUAACCCAGCGCAGCCUGGACCUUCCGCACGAGCUGUACAAGACCUCCUGGGUGGACUGGGACUACAGGAGCCGUAGGAUUGCUCUCCUCUUCAUGCAACGCCUGCAGUCGACCCUGAGGAUUAGGACAAUAAAUCCAAGUCUUGCUUUUGACCUAAUGCUGUUUAGCUCGGUGAGUUCUGUUCGCGGUUCUACCUUUUUGUGCACUGUAGCCAAUUUCCAUAAUGGGGCUCAUUAG